UUCGGUUCCGGUUGAGCGGUAACCGGCCGCCCAGCGCCCUGGCACCUUUUUUCUUCUGCCUUUGGUGGUGUACCAGGGGCUGCGGUGUGCUGAGUGGGUAAACGGCGAUUGAUAGGUCAGGGUGCAAGACCCGCUAUCUUCAAAGUGAGCGAUUGAGUGUUGUCUAGUAGGCCGGUGGGCGUUAAAGAUUCUUUGUAACGUGAGUGAUACUCUGUUACUAUAUCAUAGUAGUCCCUGAGGAGUUGGGAUGAGAGCCAGGACUCGGAGUCCAGGCGCCGGGGCCGCUCUGUGGUCGGUGCGGGCAGCGGGCGUCGGCUGUGGUGGGCUAACGCCCUCUGCGGCCUGGCGCCUUAAAUGGCUGCCCCCCAUCCAGAGGCGGUACCUGUUGCGUAAGCGGAGGGGGAUUGCCGCGGGGCACCCCCCACAAGGCGCCUGGAUCCAUUUGAACGACGGUGACGAGCGCCUUGGUGGAGUGGAGGCGGCUGGGCACUGGGACCCCGGGAUGACACCCCGGCCGUUCCGGUGUCGGGUUCGGCUUUCACCUCUGCCGGAGGUGCAGCGUCACCCCUCCCUGAGAGAGACAGCUGGGGAGGGUCGUGGGGGCGCGGUUCCUCCGCCCCACGACCCUAACUCUUCCUCUGGCAGGAAUGAAACUGGAAGGGUUUUGAAGUCCAGGACUGGAGGCGGUGGUGCUCGUGCCGGCCCGAGGAGGGGACGGAGGACUGGAGCCGGCCUGGGGGGCCUAUCACCCUCCCUGGCAUGGCGCCUUAAUUCGUUCUCCCCCCUUCAGAGGCGGUACAACUUGCGGUCAACCAGGGGUGUGAUCCUCCGGGACUCACCCUUGAGCACCCCCCCGCCUUCUUCGAACGUGAGAGUCAGUAGCCCCCGCGGUGCGGCGGCGGCCGGCGUCUGGGAGGCUGGGUUCACUCCCAAGUCUCUUAGGUGUCGCGUCCGUCUGUCAUCAUCGUGGAGACGAAAGCUCACCUUCCCCUCUAUGGGAGAUGGGCAGAGAGAGGACCGGAGGAGUGCGGCGGCUCCUUCCCCCGGUUCUAGCGUAACCUCUCUGCCGGCCUGUCAUUACCCUAGCCACUUGUUGGCCAAGGCGACUUCUGCGUCCUCAAGCCAGGGAUCUGGCCCAGAUCCACUGGUAGAGAGGCGCCCCAUGAUGACAAGUGGGGUGAAGGGCUCCCAUAGCCCUCAAAAACGCAAACAGCCCGUAGCUCGGCCGACGGAUGGCGAGCCCACCGCUCGAAGACAACGACCAAUGGGGUGUUUCGAAUCAAAGCCUGGUUCCAGUGGUAGUGGGCCCACAGGCGUGCAGUCACCCCAGCUGUCUUCUACCAGUCUCGUGCGCAAAUCAGGGGACCCAGUUGUUGCUGGCGUGGUGUCGUAUACGGUCCGCCUGCCCGGUUUGGGACCGUGUGGGUUCUGUGGUAAGCAGCCGGGCACCGCUCUUGAGCUUGAGUCUCACCUGGGCCUGGUUCAUGGGGUGGAGUCUGUGCUGUGGGCUUGCGGCAGGUGUGGGAUGUCCCGACCUAACCGUCAUCAGGUUUCCUGUCACUUACCCAAGUGUCGAGGUGGCCGGUUGUCGGUGGGCAGGUUGCGUUGCAAUCUCUGCCCUAGGGUCUUUAGUUCGGUCAGAGGUCGGUCCCAACACAGGCUAAAAGCUCAUACUGCUACCUACUUGUGGAACAAGUCGAGGUGUGGUGGUCGUCGUCGGGGCCAUGUUGGCUUCAGGAAGUGGAGGCCUGAGGAGGUCAACGAGCUAACUCCCGCCUGUCAGGACAUGCCCUCGACAUCAGGGUCGGUGGCCACUGACCAUGGCGGCGGGAAGGAAGGGAGGCAUACUUGGCCACAGUGCAGAACUUCGAGAAAGGCCAUUCGGAAUGUGGGGAGACUUAGCCAAUCGCAGGUAUCGGAGGGCGUGAGUCCCAAGGUGCCGCAGCUUACGGUCGAGGACGCGCUUCGUGAGUGCCUCCAAGCUGCGGCCCUGGGCCGGACUGGUAAGUCUGACGAGGUCCCCAUCACGGAGGGUGAUUGCACUCAGGAAGCCAUCACAUCUGCCUCCUCCACUCUGAUCCGAGAGGUGGGCCGGGUGGCGGGUGCUGGACAUUCGGGUCGGAAGAGGUCUGCUGGGCGGCCGGCAAUCGGUUCGGUCCGGCGGUGCAGGUUGAGGCGGGCUGCCCGCCAACGCCUGUUCCGCCUUUACCACUCGGAUAGGGCCAAGUUGGCGUCUCUUGUCUUGGAUGGGCAAACGGGUCAGAUCUGCCCCGUCCCGCUGUCUGAGAUCACUGCGGUGUUCGAGGGCAGGUGGGGUGACGUCCGACCGUUCCGGGGGCUUGGUUCGUCCUGCUGCCUGGGACGGGCCGAUAACUCAGUGUUCUGUCAUCUGGUGACGCCUCUGGAGGUCAUGAAAAACUUACGAGCUAUCAAGGGCUGUUCCUCCCCGGGUCCCGACGGGAUAACCAAGCCCCUGCUGCUUGGUUGGGACCCCAAAGGGGAGAAGUUGGCACACAUGUUCUCCACAUGGCUGGUCUCGGGGACUCUGCCGGAGGUCUUUAAAAAGUGCAGGACGGUACUUAUACCUAAGACCACGACCCCUGAUCUGCUGGGGGACGUCAACCAAUGGCGUCCGAUCACUAUUGGGUCGAUGGUCUUGAGGCUCUUUUCGCGGAUCCUGACGGUUAGGAUGACGGCGGCGUGUCCUAUCCAUCCGCGCCAGAGGGGCUUUAUAGCCUCUCCGGGCUGUUCAGAAAACCUGUCGGUCUUGGAGGGAGUAAUGAAGUUGAGCAGGCAAGAAAGGGUCUCCCUUGGGGUCGUAUUUGUCGACUUUGCAAAGGCUUUUGAUACCGUUUCGCACGAGCACCUCCUGAGUGCUUUGGAACGGAAGGGGUUAGACCAACACAUGCUGGAAUUGGUCAGGAAUUCUUAUGAGAACUGUGUAACCAAGGUGCGAUGUGCAGAAGGUGACACUGCUGACAUUGCCAUGAAGGUGGGGGUAAAGCAGGGUGACUCCAUGUCACCCCUCCUCUUCAACAUUGCUCUGGAUCCACUGGUGCAGAGCCUCGAACGCGAGGGCCAAGGAUUUGUGUCCAAGGGUAAAUCCAUCACGGCACUGGCAUUUGCUGAUGAUUUGGUUUUGUUGAGUAGCUCAUGGGAGGGUAUGGUGGCCAACCUGGAUAUUCUGGAGUCGUUCUGCGAGCUUACUGGGCUGAGCGUUCAGCCCGGUAAGUGCCACGGGUUUUUUGCCGAGACGGUGGGGCGGGUGCGCAAGAUCAAUGGUCGGUCCCCCUGGCUGUUGGGAGGCGUGCCCCUUCACCUUAUCGGGCCGGGCGAGGGCGUAAAGUACCUGGGCGUUAUCGUUGACCCGUGGACAGGGAUCGUCUCCAGGGAUAUCGGCGAGCGAGUCCAGCGGUGGAUAGCUGCCAUCGGAGGUACACCCUUGGGCCCGAUCGAAAGGGUGGACCUGUUGGUCAACUAUGCGCUGCCGAGAGUGAUCUUCGAAGCCGAUCACUGCAUGGUGUCAGGCCCGGUCCUGACAGAAGUAGACACACGCAUCAGAAGGGCGGUGAAGUCGUGGCUUCACCUGCCAACUUGUACAACAGACGGGUUACUAUACUCAAGGAAGUCCAGCGGUGGACUGGGCAUACCCAGGUUGACAAGGGUCGUGGCGUCUAUACAAGCCCGGAGAAUCUACAACCUGUUUCUCUCCUCGGAUGAGACAGUCAGGUGGAUUUCUCGUCGAACGAUUAAGUACAAGGCUUUCAAGAGAGCUUGGCGGAGAGCUGGGGGUUCACUGGACGAACUCCCCAGCCUGAACCCCCCUGCGGAGGGGGGAGAGGUGGGGCCUAGCCCAGAGACAGGUUCCCCUGCGGAGGGGAUCACGGGGACCCCCCGCUCAUUGACGCACAAGAGGCGUUUGAUCCCGUGCGAUUGGCGCCAGGUCGAGUUCGACAAAUGGGCUAACCUGAAAUCUCAAGGGCGGGGCAUUCGGAUGUUUGAGGCUGAUAGGGUCAGUAAUUGCUGGCUAGUGGAUCCCCACUCGGGGGGGUUCACUCCCGGCCGGUACAUUGCUGCUCUUCAGUUGAGGGCAAAUGUUUUCCCUACUCGAGAGUCGGCAGGGAGGGGGAGACUGUCCUCCGAUGCUCUUUGUCGAUACUGUCGGGGUUCUCCCGAGACCUGUUCACACAUACUUGGGGCUUGCCCGAAGGUCAAGCUCGGCAGGAUUCGAAGGCACCACAAGGUGUGUGAUCUCAUCGAAACUGAAGCACAGAGCUACGGCUGGAGUGUGAUGAGGGAGGUUCGCUGGACUCUCCCCUCGGGGGGCAUUCUGGCACCCGACCUUGUCUUCACAAAGGGUGAUUUGGCACUGGUGGUGGAUGUUACGAUUCGGUACGAGCUAAAUGAUGACUCUCUUGAGGAGGCGCGGCUUGAGAAGGUCACUAAGUACCGCCCUCUUGUUCCUGUACUACUUCGGGAGGUGUCUACGGUUCAGAGGGUGCAGGUCAUCGGUUUCCCUGUGGGUGCGAGAGGUAAAUGGCCCUCGAACAAUGAUACUUUCCUGAAAACCUUGGGCUUGAAGCGAACUCGACGCCUGAGCUUCGCUAAACUCAUCAGUCGCAGAACCCUCCUGUACUCCCUGGACGUCCUGAGGGAGUUCAUGGACUGAUGAGGGGAGGUUUGUCCUACCUCCGACACGGAAGGGGCCCCGCGAAGUGAAGGUCGGUUGCGGCGGGUUCCCCUAAAAGGCGUGUAGAAUGGUGGUUCACCACCUAGUAGUAGAAGCCUCUGGCUGGUCUGCUUCCAGGAGCGGUUCAGCAAACGAGUGCACCUGGGAGCGGGGCGGAGGCUGGGUCGUCUUCCGGCGGCUAACAGGUGUUGGCCCGAGCCUGGUGUACUUAAGUGGGAACUGUUACGCGAGACGCAGGCUGGGCCGUCCGCCAUGGCGGUUACAGGUGUCGGCUCGUACGCAGCAUACCAGAAACAGCACUCUGUGUUCUGGGACGAAGGCUGGGCCGCCCUUCGGGGUGGCUACAGAUGUCGGCUUGGUCAUGGGGUGGUGAAAAGGUGUAGGCGUCCGAGUCGUGGAGGCUGGGCUGUCAGCUUGCUGGCGGUUACAGGGGUCGCGCCUUGGGCGAUGCACUGAUUAGUCUCUUGAAGCACGACGGGAGGGUCGGUAGCGGUGUAAGCCCUGAUACUUGUACUGCGGCCUGUGCCCUCUCUACGGUCUGAAUCACGCCCACCUCUGGUUUGGGAUGGCCCCCGUUUCGGGGACUUUGCCCGUCACAGAGACCGCCGCGCAUACCUGGUGGAUCGGGACCACCAGGGACACUCCGGGUGUGUCCACCAGAAGACCUGUCGACUGCUGCGGGAUGUAGUCGUGACGGUGACCCAGGCAUCAUCGUGGUUACGGGGAGGGGUGGUGGGCCCCGGGCCUCAGUGUUCUACGGGGGCAUGACACCUGUUGAGCGCUGUCACAUAAGUCAUGCAACUCGCUCCUGACUACAUCUUGGCGUCUAGGUUGCUCGCAAUUUAAGCCCGCACCCAAACUGGACCGGCCCGAGGGGCGUGGAAGGGAGGCCUUUGCCGUUAGCAGGCUCUGGCAUGGCAGACGGUCUCCGGUGGACAGAGUCUGGAGGGUCGGGGGGCCCCCUGGAAACGUCUCGCAUGAAGGAGGAGUUCAGGGAGGGUGUCAAGAAGCUUCCCACCGGCUGUGAUGUAGCUUUGAUAAUGGUAUUGCGUGGGAUGGCUCAGCCGUUCUCCUAGUGCACAUGGGGCGAAAUUGGUGCUUUCGGCGGCAGCGGUUGUCGUCAUCCUCGGGAGCGGUCCCGAG